GGGGGUUAAGGUCGGUGAUGUAUGUGAGUGUUUGAGGAAGGAUAACUCUUCUCUUACUCACUCUGUGUGUGUGUUUCAGUAAGUCAGCCACUCAGUCCACUUAUUGUUCAAAGCAUCCCCACAUGGGGGUCUGACCCGAGAGGUUUUUUUUUGGCACGAAAUAUCAAUUUUUUUUUAAAACACAACUUUUUUUUCUUGGUCCUGUUAUAUAAGCCUCCUGUGACAACAAUUACUGUGAUUAUUUGAAAUAAGAUUAAGCAGAAAGACAAGAGAAAAAAAAAAAAAAGCGUACUAAACUGGGUAUAUUAGUUGGACAUUUAAAAAAAAAAAAAAUUCUGUCUGUGUCUGUCUUUUUCUCCCUCUCUGUCCCUUAACAUAUUAAUUUGUUCUUCCUCUGGUUUAGAACGAAACUAUAUCAAGAAGAAUCUAUACAUAUUAUAUAUAUAAAUUAUCUAUAUAUAUAUAAAGAAUCCGGCUAAGUAAUUGAGAGGCGCAUCAUUCGAAAAAAUCUUAACCGCCAUGAAUCUGAUUACAGUUCUCGAGAAGACCGUUUCCACUGAAACAAGUGAGCUUGAAACAGCGCAACAAUUCCUGGAACAAGCCGCUCUACAAAAUCUACCUGAGCUACUAAAGAAAUUAUCUGACAUCUUAAAACAUGGAGGGAAUAGUCCAGUGGCCCGUAUGCAAGCCGGUCUACAGCUUAAAAAUGCUGUUUAUUCCAAGGAUCCAGCAAUUAAAACCACUUACCAACAGCGAUGGCUCCAGUUUAACGAAGAAAUACGAGUAUAUAUAAAGAAAAAUGUUUUGGAGUCAUUAGGGACUGAAACCAUUCGUCCAAGUUCUGCAGCCCAGUGUGUGGCAUACAUUGCUUGUGCUGAACUUCCCCAAGGGUUCUGGCCAGAUCUUAUUCCUUUGUUAACGCAAAAUAUUACCAAUCCAAACAGUACUGAAUUGAUGAAAGAAGCUACGUUAGAGUCUAUUGGUUAUAUUUGCCAGGAUAUAGAGCCAGAUAUAUUGGCAUCACAAUCUAAUGAAAUUUUAACAGCAAUUGUAAAUGGGAUGCGCAAAGAAGAAUCAAGUAAUCAUGUUAGAUUAGCUGCUACGAAUGCUCUGCUGAAUUCUUUGGAAUUCACAAAGUCAAAUUUUGAUAAAGAUUUUGAAAGGCAUUUUAUCAUGCAAGUUGUUUGUGAAGCUACCCAGUCUACUGAUACAAGGGUUCGUGUUGCUGCCUUGCAAUGCUUAGUUAAAAUUAUGUCCUUAUAUUAUCAAUAUAUGGAACACUACAUGGGUCCUGCUCUGUUUGCUAUUACGAUGGAGGCUAUGAAAAGCGAGAUAGAUGAAGUAUCUCUACAAGGAAUUGAGUUCUGGUCUACAGUUUGUGAUGAAGAGGUCGAUCUUGCCAUAGAACUUUCAGAAGCUGAUGAGGAAGGCCGACCUCCCGAAAGGAGCAGUAGGUUUUAUGCUAAAGGAGCUCUACAGUUCCUCGUUCCAAUAUUAUUGAUAACCCUUACAAAACAGGAAGAGUUUGAUGAUGAUGAGUGGAACCCAUGUAAGGCAGCUGGUGUGUGUUUGAUGCUGAUGGCCACAUGCUGUGAAGAUGACGUUGUAGGUCAUGUACUUCCUUUUGUCAAGGAACAUAUUGUCCAUACAGAUUGGCGCUUUAGAGAUGCUGCUGUUAUGGCAUUUGGAUCUAUCCUGGAAGGACCUGACCGCAAUAAGCUGAAGCCUAUCGUUGAACAAGCCAUGCCAAUGUUGAUAAAUUUGCUAAAGGACCGCAGUGUCGUAGUGCGAGACACUACAGCGUGGGCAGUUGGACGAGUGUGUGAAAUCUUACCUGAAGCCGUUAUUAACGAUACCUGUCUGCCGCCACUCUUAGAAGCUUUGGUACAAGGACUUGAGGCUGAGCCACGUGUUGCACACAAUGUUUGCUGGGCUAUAUCUGGUUUGGCAGAAGCAGCAUACGAAAUAGCUGCAGAUACUGCUGAAGAGAAUGUCGAGCCUGAAAUGUAUUGUCUUUCGUAUUAUUUUGAUGGUAUUGUUACCAAACUUUUGGAAACAACUGACAGGCCUGAUGCUAACCAGCACAAUUUAAGGAAUGCAGCCUAUGAGGCGCUUAUGGAACUUGUGAAAAAUAGUCCAAAGGAUUGUUAUGAAACAGUGAAAAACACAACUAUGAUUAUAUUACAACGGCUUGAAAAAGUUUUACAGAUGGAGGGUCACAUAAGUUCAACUUCUGAUAGGGUACAAUAUAAUGACCUCCAAUCAUUGCUGUGUGCUACACUCCAAAGUGUAUUGCGAAAGGUAACUGCUGAAGAUGCACCCAAAAUCUCUAGCCCGAUUAUGACAGCUUUAUUACAGAUGUUCAACACCUCUUGUGGGAAAUCCGGAGGAGUCCAAGAAGAUGCUUUACUCUGUGUAUCAACACUGGUUGAAGUUCUUGGAGAAAAUUUCUUGCCAUACAUGCCAGCUUUCAAGCCAUACUUGACUCUUGGACUGAAAAAUCAUGCAGAAUAUCAGGUGUGUCAAGCUGCAGUUGGUUUAACUGGUGAUAUCUGCCGAGCUGUAGGAAAUAAUAUAUUACCAUACUGUGAUGAGUUAAUGACUAUGCUUGUGGAAAAUCUUGGGGAUGAAACUGUCCAUCGUUCUGUUAAACCUCAGAUCCUGUCUGUGUUUGGUGAUAUUGCUCUAGCAAUUGGUUCUUACUUCAAAAAUUACCUAGCAGUUGUUUUGAAUACAUUGCAACAAGCAUCGCAGGCACAAGUUGACAAGACUGACUAUGAUAUGAUUGAUUACUUGAAUGAACUGAGAGAAGGCUGUUUAGAAGCUUACACUGGUAUUGUGCAAGGUUUGAAAGGUGAUGCUGAGCAGAUAAACCCUGAUGUCAAUCUCAUUCAACCACAUGUUGGACACAUGAUUUCAUUUAUUGAACACAUAGCUCAAGAUGAAGAUCAUAGUGACAGUAACAUAGCUGCGUGUUGUGGCUUAAUAGGUGAUCUCUGUGCUGCUUUUGGUGCAGCCAUGAUGCCUUUUGUUGAUAAGGAAUCCAUACAAGCCUUGUUAACGAAAGGCCGACGCUCCAAGGUGUCUAAAGCGAAAACACUAGCAAGUUGGGCCACUAAAGAGAUAAGAAAACUGAAGAAUGCAUCUUGAGCUGCUGAACAGCCUGGCAUGGUCAAAUGAGAAUAGGACCACAGGUCUUAAGUCGUCAGCGGUGGCGGCAGUCUCAACUCGUUUGAAUGAGUGUGAGCGUGAGUGAAAUCAUCUCAUCAAACUGUCACAAUCCCCGGCAGGCACCUACCUACCUCCCCGACAAGACAUCUUGAAGGGGCAGUCAAUCCCCAGACCCUCCCUCCCUCUGCUACCAAAUGGCUUACUACCAGCCGAUAAGUUGAAUAUUAGUGAUGCUUAAAUUUCUACUUAGGCAAAAGAAAAAAUUUAAAAACCCAGCUCUCGUAUUUGGGACUUGAAGGAAAGAUUUUAUAAAAUGAAACCAUAAUUUUGAUACUAUUAUUAUUAUUAAUUCAAAAUUUACUUCAUUUUUUUUUUUUUUUUUUUUUAAUAUACACUUGUUAGGCUCCAGCUCUCUUUUAUUGUUGUUAUGUUGUUGUUGACCCAUUCUAGUGUUGUACUUUAUGUAUUCAACAACUGAAAAGGGAAACUCCAAAAGAAGAAAAAAAAAAGUGAAAUAAACGGGCUGCAUAUUAAAGUCUUUCUUUUCCAAAUCCCAUUUUUCUUGUUAAAUCUGUGAGAGACUCAAAUUUGCUCAUUAUUAUUAUUAUUAUUAUUUAUUAUUCUUAAGAAAUUGUUAUCUCUUUAAGUUGUCUUAUUAUUAUCCUUAUAUACUUAUUGUAUAGUGGAUUUUAAUGGAAAAAUAUUCUCCUCCCAGCUGUGUCUGUCGUUAUGGUGACAGAAGUUCCUGAGGAGACGGUGGAGAAGAUUGAGGAGAACACUCAGCAAUUUGCAAGAAAUUGAUGUCCAGACUUGUGUUACCUCCACUGUCAUGGAGUUACGUAUUUGAAGUAGUUUGAUGGACCUAGAAGCUAUAUGAUAUUGCUGUUUGACACUGGCACCACGACAUAGCUAAUGAUGCCUGUUUAUGCCUUAUGUGUCGCAUUUUUUUUUCUCUCUCUCCUCUAUUUCAAAAUAGUUUUGAAGGUUUUCCCACCACCAUCACCCCUUCUGUUCAUUCAUAAACGCACGACCUCGUUAGAAAAUUGGUCAGAGGGUACAAAAUAGUUCUGGAAUGUUUUCCUACCAUCUAUAGCAUUGUUCCUUCUACAGGCAGGCUUGCUUUGCUUGCCUGGAAUUGCAGUGAUAAUAAUCUUCAACUUAGAAAAAACUUGGAGCAAGAGAAAGGUGCCUGCCCAGCAGCUCUGGAGGAGUUUAGGUGUCGUCUGUGCCUUCACACUGCCGCAGUACUUUAAUGUAUUGCUGCUCUAACCUGCCAACAUGGACUGCUGUAUGAAGAGUCAGUUCUUGUCAGUAAGCAACUAAUAUGAAAAGGAUUUUUAGGGCUUGCCUCAUUAGGCUGCAAAAGGAUAUGUGUGCACAUAAAUAUAUGUGUGUGUGUGUAUAUGUAUGUCUGUGUAUAUGUGUGUUGUGUACACAUAUAAUUCUCAGUAUUAUCUCAUUAGAAUCUGCGACUAGGUUCUGUGUGAAAGAAAGAAGAAAAUAAUACUUGAGUAGGUACUAGAAGGGUGGGACAAAAAGGUUACACAAAAUUGCCUAAUAUUGGUGGGUUUUUUUCCUCUUCCAAAAUUUAACAACUGAGCUUCAAAUAUCCUAUGAGUUGCCAACCCAAUGCAAGGACUAUAGAGAAAUUGCUGUUAUUCAGUAGCCCCAGAUAUCCAUGUGUGUGUGCAUGUAUGUAAGCGUCUAGAAAUUGCAUGUACCAAGCUUAAAGAUUUAAAAGCAAAAAAAAAAAUACAAACAAAAGGAAGAAAAAAAAAAAACAGGAAAAACAGAAAAGAAAAAAGAUGUGGAAUUAAAAAGAAAAAAAAACACAAACUCAACCUCUUCAGACUUAAUUAUGUUUAACUUUCAGCUAUUGUAAUUUAGUAAUCUAAUUUUAAACUGCUGCAUUUAAAAAACAAACAAAAAAAUUGUUUAUUUUUUUAUUUACAUUUUUUUAAAAAUUUAUUUUAGAUUGUAAAGCUUGGUACAUGCAGCUUCCCUUUAAGUCUACAGCACAAGCUUAGCUGUGAAAUGUCUUUUUCCUUCCCUCUCCUUUUUUCUUUCUAUGCCACACUUUUUUUUUUUUAGUUUAAAUGUCUCCUCAUAUUUCUGUCCUAAAUUUUUUUUUUUUUUUUUUGUAAAUUAUCACUUAUUUUGCAUGUGCUUGCAAUGAUUUCUGUAGUAAUUUUCUUUCCCUGAAUGUUUUUUUUUUAUAAAUACUUACGUUUCCUUGCAAACAGCUAUGUUGAGAAAGUAUAUAUUAAUUUGUGGCAAAGAAGAAAAAAAUUUUUUUUUAAUGGGUUAGAUGCAUUUGAACAGCCACUCUCUAUGAUUGAAAAGUAAAACAAAACAAAAAAAAAAACUGCCCCUGGGUUCAAGUAUCUGUCCCCAGUCCCUUCCUUUAUUUCCCUACCUCCUUCCCUCCCGGCCCUAUCCUACCCUCCUGGUUUUUAAAAGAAAAUACAAAUUAUUGAUGAGUUUUCUGUUUGUUUCUAUUUUUCUUUUCCUAAUGUUAUUUUCCAAACCUGUGUGCUGUGUAAAUCUAUAAUAAAUCAGCAGAUUACUA